UAUGCUUGUUAUUGGUCAAGAGGUCAGAUUGCUAAACAUGGUUUCGAGAUAAUGAACCAUCCUCUGCAGCUAGAAGAUGUUUUACAAGCGCUUCAGAGAUUAUAUGAAAAGAAACAUAAUGGAAGGUUACCAGAGUCAUUUAUAUCAUCGGUUCAAAGAAUGGUUAUAAAGGCGAAUUCAAGUGGAGAUGCUUCAAAAAAUUUAUACGAAAAAGCUCAAGAGUGGAGUGAGGAGAAGAAGAUUAAAAUCAUGGCGGAAGAAAUACCAAGUGAUAUUCUUCCGGAGGGCCACAGCGGCACUCUUUCGGACCUGAGAGUUCAUUCUCACGCUGCGGAUGAUGAGAUCUACUAUAAUAAUCCUGAUAUCCAAAAAAUGAUUCCAAGAGGGGUUUGUAUGUUGGAAUUACAAGGGGAAACGUCUUUUUUCGACAUGGUUCUCUAUGCUAACAAAAAAUUUACCGGAGGUGUCGGCGAUGAAGAUGAGAGCCAGCCAGAAAGCAAUGAAGCUUGGAAGAAGUACUGUAUUUCUUCCCCAGAUUCUGCCAGUCUUGUGGUCGGCAUGGAAAAGCUAAAUGGAGAAGCAGCUCAUUUUAGUGGCAGAUAUAUAGAUGAUCAAUUCUUCAUAAUUACUGGUAGUAAGAAUGUCCACAUAUUAAUUAGAAAUGCAGAUGAUAUUGACAAGUAUGAGGGAGAAAGAUACUGUGUUGCUAAGCAAGUUGCAAGGGCUGUGUGCGACACCUUGAAAAGACUGGAAGAAUAUCCUCGUCAUCUUGUGUACAGCUUCCUUCACCACACAAAAUGUACUGCUGUCUGUGAGAUUCUACAGCCAAACUACCAGCAUAUAGUAGACCUUAGCUACCUGGAGGAGCCACAGCUGAAUGUGAUAACGUUUACUUCCACACUUGGUAAUGAAAAUGAAUCGAGUUUAACAGCAUUGCCUCCACACUACACUCUGGAGGUGUUGUCUAUUUUGGGCUUUCAAACACCAUCAUUUAGCACUGUAUUACCCAGGGAUAUGGGAAGUCAUCAACACAAGGUCAAAAGGUUGUUAAACAGUGAAGGAGAAGUGCUGUAUUUCAUAAAUGAAAAAGGAGAGACCAUUGGAAUGGCGAAGGUGAAGAGCAUGUGGUAUGUCAUGAUGAGAGCUUUGAGAGAGAAAGCCAUCUUCUGUUUUCUGGGGGCAAAGCGAAGGCAAAACUGGUCUUUGGAGAGUAUGAUCAGACUGACGAGGAAACGCUUUGAAGAAAUUCAAGAAUGGUUGAACUUUUCUGAGGAGUACCUUAAUAAGUGGAAGAACCUGGGUGCAUUAUUCCUAAAAUGGUUGGAGAAGGAAAUAGAAGAGAAGAGAGUGUCAGAGAGAAAUAUCCAGCCUCAGUUCCCAAUACUUUGGGCAAGAUUCAUGAGAGAAGCAGAUGAAACAGAUGAUUUUAUUUCUUAAGUAUUUGAUGAUACUUAGUAUGUCAGUUUGUAUCUUUCCAAGUGACUGUUAUUUAAGUUUUACACAUGCUUUAUAUAAAUGAACAGUGCUUCAUUGUAGAACAGUAGCAAGAGCUGCAGAUCUCACAGUGGAGUGAGAGAGACUACCUAUUUCAUUUAGAUAUAGUUUAAUGAAGGAAUGCUGUUCUUAUGUUGUAUCCUGUGAUCAAAGAAUUGGAUAGCACCUAUGUAAUACUAAGGAAUGCAUGUAUUUUCACUUCCAUUGUGUUUACAAGCACUUAAUCACCAAGAAGUAAAUUAAUAGGCCUACCAGACGUAAACUGUGUAUCUUAUUCCUUGUAUUGCUGGUAAAAAGUUUGUGUUCUUAUUACCAUUAUUAUUGUUGUUAUUAUUGUAAUCAUGACUAUUUUUGUUAUUUUUGUUGUUCCUCCUCUUCUUCUUAUCACUAUGAUCAUUAGUAUCAUUAUUAUUAUUAUUGUUAU